AUGCAGUUUUGCCUCGCGACGACAGCAUCUCCGUUUCCUUUCUGUUAUCUUGCACUUGCAGCCCAUAACACAGAAAUUGCGAUUACUUUUGAUGACUCUUUUAGUAAGCCGGUAUUCUGCAUCAACGGUGUCUACGCCACGGAUCUAUUUCGAUCUUUGGUUCGCGCUGCUGAAGUCUAUGAGUCAAAGGAUCCAUUAGACCUGGCUGCUGCCGCUGCUGCUGCAACGACCCAUCCCGACGUUAUAGCCACUCUUGACUCACUCGAUGAUCGCCUGUGGUUUCAAACAUUCUUGUCUGGGCAUACCCUUACAACAUCUGACUGGAUAAUCUGGGGGGCUCUUAGAGGAAAUAUAAAAUGCCGGGGCUUGCUCAGAGAUGGAGGCCAUCCUCACCUUCUGCGAUGGUUCUCUUAUAUAGAAUCACUUUCCGUCACACAGAGAGCUCUCUCCCUCCUGUCCACCGCUCGGGCUCAAAAGCUGCGUUCUAGUAGGAUUCCUUCUGGGUUUGCGCUCGGUCUCCCCCACGCCAUAGAUGGUCAAGUCGUAACGCGUUUUCCUCCAGAGCCCAGCGGUUAUCUUCAUAUCGGCCAUGCGAAAGCCGUAGUUCUGAAUCAAUAUUUCGCAAACAUGUACCAUGGCCAAUUUCUCGUUCGUUUUGACGAUACUAAUCCAAGCAAGGAAAAGACUGAAUACGAACAGGCCAUUAUCGAGGAUCUACAUUUAUUAGGCGUCUCUCCCACCAAGGUAUCCCACACGUCCGACUAUUUCGACCAGCUACAUGCUCUUGCUGUGGACUUGAUUCGUUCCGGUCAGGCAUAUGCAGACGAUACAGAUUCGACGCAUUUACUCUCCCCACCGUGUUCGUGCAGCCCCAACUCUCACGGACCACUGACCCAGAUGGCGUUCGAUCGUUUUCAUGGUAUCCCGUCCUCCCGUCGGAACACCAGCGUUGAAGAUAAUCUCAGCAGGUUCGAAGCUAUCACCCAAGGGUCUCCUGAUGUUACGCACUGGUGUAUCCGUGCCAAAAUCGACAUGGCUAACCCUAACAAAGCAAUGCGUGACCCGGUCAUAUACAGAUAUAAUGCAACUCCGCACCAUCGAACUGGGCAAUGGAGUGUGUAUCCGACCUAUGAUUUCGCUUGUCCUGUCAUAGACUCUAUCGAAGGCGUAACACAUACGCUACGGAGUACGGAGUACAGAGAUCGCAACUCUCAGUACCGUUGGAUGAUCGAUGCACUAGGGCUUCGCUCUGUGCAUGUUUGGGAUUUUAGCCGUCUAAAUUUCGUACAUACAGUCCUGUCGAAACGAAAACUCCAGCAAUUCGUGGAUAAAGGUUUAGUUCACGGUUGGGACGAUCCUAGGUUCCCGACUAUAAGAGGAAUGCAGCGCCGCGGUCUCACCGCAGAGGCAUUGCGUCAAUUUAUGUUACAACAAGGUCCAUCACAAGCAAUUCUGUUACUCGAGUGGGACUCGCUAUGGUCAUUGAAUAAGAAGGUAAUUGACCCGAUUGCACCACGGCAUUGGGCUAUCGUCAAGGAAGACAUGGUUUCUGUCAUCAUCAAAGGAGGUCCGGAGCAGCCAUACUGUCGUACUCUUCCGAAACACAAGAAGAAUCCAUCAGUUGGCGAAAAGCAAACAAUAUACUCAAACGCUUGUUCUUUCCAGGAACAAGAAGAGAUCACACUCAUGAACUGGGGUAACGCUAUUGUGCGUCAGCGAACGCUCGAUCCAUCAUCUGAGAAGGUUGUGUCACUGGUUAUGGAGCUCCACCUGGACGGAGAUUUUCGCACUACGCAUAAGAAGAUUACGUGGCUCUCAAAUCCCGCCGUUUCUGUUGUAGAGGCCGUUCUGCUCGACUACGGGCACCUUAUCACGAAGAAGAAAUUGGAAAAAGGAGACAAUUGGGAAGAUUAUGUUCCUGCUGUCAGCGAGUUCCGGGAGGAAGCUAUAGCUGAUGCCAAUGUGGCAGAUCUGGUUACCAAGACGCAAAGAAUUAUCCAGUUUGAGCGUAAAGGAUUCUAUUCUUUUGACGGCAUUGAUGAUCGUGGCAAAUACGCAUUUAUCAAAGUGCCUGACGGUCGUAGUUGUAAAUACACAGCUCAGUAG